AUGGAGAGAAAUGCACCUCCGCCAUUCAACUCCACCUCUCUCCUGACUCAGCUCCCUCUCAAUACCACCAUCAAUGCCACAGUAAAACCCUUCAGUGUGUUCGACGGGUGCGAGCAGCUGGUGGAGGGAAUCCUCUUUGACCUCACCCUGCAGUGCAUCAACGUGGUCGUGGGAAUCCCUGCCAAUGUGCUCGUCAUUGCCAUCCUCAUCUACAACCGCAAAGAGCCGUCCACUUCGGACAUAUUCUUGGGCUGUCUGGCGUUCAUGGACAUCUAUUUUGGUGUCAUGACCCCUAUUAGCUUCCUGAACCUUUACCACUGGCAGAGCAAAGGGGUGUGGUCCUCCAUCAAGUUCUCCUACGGUGUGAAAGACACCAGCGGCCCGUUGUUUCUCUCCUGCAUCUGCUUAGAUCGCUUUGUGGCUGUGCUCUUCCCAGUUAUGUUUGGGCAGCUUAAACACAUCAAGUACAGGUUAAGCCUUUCAGUGCUGGUAUUCUGCCUCACUUUUGCCUACUCGGCGGCCAAGACUGUGGGAGGCCUCCCCAACUUCGAGAAGGUGUUCACCGGUGAGAUCCUGGCGACGUUUGCUUGGAUGGUCAUGUGUAAUGUGUGCAUCCUGUGGGCCCUGAAGAAGUCCCGUUGUGCAGGGAAAGAUGAGAUGCACCCCACAAAGAAGAAGGCCUUCAAGACAGUGCUCUAUAUCCUCGGCAUCAUUGUGUAUAAUUACUUGCCACCCGUUGCGCUGUUUCCUUUUGAAGACCACUACUCGCCGGAUGUGUUUCGCUGCUACGUGCAGCCAGUGGGGUUUGCUUUCCUCAACAUCAGCAGCACCAUCCAGCCACUUGUCUAUCUAGUUCGCCUAGACAAGGUGCCUUUCCUCUCAGACACCUGUGUGAAGAAGUGCUGCACCUGUGUCUCUGCAAAUAGAAACCAAGCCCCACCUGCAGAAGGGCCACCUGCAGAAGGGCCACCUGCUCAGGUUUAG